UUCAAAUCUCCAUUACCUGCAGUCUAAAGAUUUUAAGCCCGGUUCAAAGGAUUUACCAAAGAGACUCUGUGGCGACAUGUCUGUGGCUAAAAUCUUGUGCUGUUUGCUCUUAACGUGUCACCUCAGUGAGGGGAAGAAAAUCAAAGGAGAGAGAGCAAGCGUAGCGGACCCGGAGCAGAGGGCCGUCCUGCCGGUGAAAGAGCCGUAUGUCAGCAGUUCAGUCUUCAGCCUGUUUUCGGGAGGUGAGGACACCUGCACAUUGGACCCUCUGCAGCUGCACACUCUCACCUCCUGCGGUUUCAACAGCAGUAAUCCCCUCAUCAUCAUCACUCACGGGUGGUCGGUGGAUGGUAUGAUGGAGAGCUGGGUGCUCCGCUUGGCCACAGCUCUGAAGACUAACCUAGUAGAUGUAAAUGUGGUGAUCACAGACUGGCUGUCACUGGCUCACCAGCACUACCCCAUAGCAGUACAGAGCACUCGCACGGUCGGAAAGGACAUAACCCACCUGGUGCAGACGCUUCAGGAAGAGUAUCAGUACCCACCUAAAAAAGUUCAUUUGAUUGGCUAUAGCCUCGGCGCUCACAUCUCCGGGUUUGCUGGAAGCUAUCUGGAGGGUUCAGGGAAGAUUGGAAGAAUAACUGUAGGUUUUGAGCAAACAGUGAAAUGUGCUCACGAACGCUCCGUCCAUCUGUUCAUCGACUCCCUGCUGAAUAAGGACAAGCAGAGCACGGCCUACAGGUGCAGCGACAACAACGCUUUUGUCAAAGGCGUCUGUCUGGACUGUCGAAAGAAUCGCUGCAACACGCUGGGCUACGACAUAAAGAAGGUCCGAACCGGCACCAGCAAGAGGCUCUACCUGAAAACGGGACCUCGGAUGCCUUACAAACUCUAUCAUUACCAGUUCAGGAUCCAGUUCAUCAAUCAGAUGGAGAGCAUUGAUCCCACCCUGACCAUCGCCCUCACUGGAACAAAGGAGGAGAGUGGAGACGUCACCAUCACCUUCAACGACGAGAUUUCAGGAAACACGACCUUCACCUUCCUCAUCACGCUGGACAAAGACUUGGGAGACCUGAUGCUGCUCAAGCUGCACUGGGAGGGAUCGGCCCUGUGGAAGAAUGUGUGGAACCGGGUGCAGACCAUCAUUCCUUGGGGCGGCCAGGAGGCCAAACCGCUGCUGACUAUGGGCAAAAUCAGCGUCAAGGCAGGCGAGACGCAGGAGAGGACGUCUUUUUGUGCCAUGUCUAACGACGGACAGCACUUGGAAGUGUCUGAAGACAAAGUGUUUGUGCGCUGUAAAGAAGACUUACCGAAGCAGCGCAGGAGGAAGCACAACUUGUGAGAAAUCUGUCCGACAGACUGAAGAUCUCUGAUGAAACAUCUGGAAGGUCACAAGAAUUCUCACAGCUCCCGGUGAGGCUGUGCAGGUUUAGGGAAGGAUAAUUAGAAAUCAUUAAUUGCCUGAAAGAUGCCCUUAAUAGGAGAAUUGAAUCCUGGGAAAAAAAUGAAGCUGUUUACAAUUUACAGAAAUGUGUCUGAUUAUGUGAUGAAAUUAUUCAUAAGUUAUGUUUUGCACAUGAAUGUUCUCAGCAGAGCGACACGGUGCCGUUUGAAGCACCAGCCCAGGUUCAGGUGGUUCUGAGUGUUUAAACAGCUGAAACUCAAAUAGUAAGGCAACGAAAACAAAGUCUAAAGUUCCCCUCGAUAACACUGAUUCCAAAAGGAUGCUUCUUUUUUGUUUUUUUAAAUGUGUGUCAAAUGAUCACUGCCGGCCUUUUAGAACCUAAAUUACUACUGUCAGUAACAUCAUGUAAAUCCACGUCUUGAUCUCGUGCCAGAGCAAUAAACACACACUGUUCUUUUCUAUUCUA